AUGGCGAGCACUGUGAUGACUACACUGCCUCAGUUUAAUGGUCUUCGAGCCAGCAAAAUAUCUGCAGCUCCUGUUAAAGGCCUGAUAAUGGUAACGUCGACGACACUGAUGUUGUUCGCGGAGAGAUUCGGACUUGCACCAUCAGCCAAUAGGAAAGCAACGGCUGGACUUAAGCUGGAGGCACGUGACUCGGGUCUACAAACGGGUGACCCAGCCGGGUUCACGCUGGCUGACACGUUGGCUUGUGGCACCGUUGGUCAUAUCAUCGGAGUCGGAGUUGUCCUUGGCCUCAAAAACAUCGGUGCUAUUUAA